AUGUGUUUUACUGACAUCUUGUUUGCCUCCAUUCAUCCUACAGAGCCCUUUGUCAUCCUCAGCUGGUUCAACAGCAGCAGCUUUCUCAUCAAUUCCCGCUAUGAAUGGACAAAGCCUGAGUACAACGUGGAGAGAAUGAACCUCAGCUGGAGGAGAGAGAUGGAUUUUAGAGGAGUUGUACCAGUGUUCGGUACAGUCCUAGCCAAAGAUGUAACCUGUAGCGCUGAGGAGGGGAAAGAGAAGAAGACAAACUCCAGUGUCUCUUCUAAGAUUGAAGAUCUUCAUAGUAAAAGGGAAAUUUCGUCUUAUCUGAACAGAACUUCAAAGAAUUCACUUCGUGGCUUUGUGGUGGUGGAUGAGUCUGACCUUCUCACGUCUCCCGCCAUCAGCACACAUAGCAGGUAUAAGGACACCAGUAACAAAAAGAUCCAGUCCACCACCUUGGAAUCAUCAGAGGAGAACUUCUCCUCUAAAAAACUGAAAACAGAUAUGGAUGAAGGCCGUUUUGAGCGGCUCCCUUUGAAGCCCUCUAGGGACAUUGCUGGCCUGGAUUCUAUUUUGAAUGUGAAGACAUCAGCUGGUCAAAAGGAUCUUGUCAGGCCUACAGUCCAUCCUGAGUUAAACCAGCUGACUGAAGAAGGUGUCUUACUUCCUUCAAAGAGCUUCGAUGUAGUUAAAAAGCCUUUGGUCAGUCUUCACUCAAAAAAAGGAUAUGAAUCACUUGUAGGCAGUGGACAAGCUGACUACAAGCACUCAAGCAAGAAAAGAGUUGCUUUCAAACAUGGUGAUGUUAUAUUAGGCAUGGAUGGAAGGAGAUACCAGCUCCUCAGUGGACCUCCAGGACCUGUUGGACCACCAGGCAAAAGAGGGUGUGCAGGGAAAAGGGGCUAUAUUGGAUACAAUGGUGAUAAGGGUUCUCAAGGAGUCCGAGGAGCAGAUGGACCAAGGGGCAUACCAGGACCUCCAGGUCCAUCAGGACUCCCAGUCCUCUACCUUUGGAGGAACACAGAGGAGGAUUGGGCUGCAUUUAGGAGAACAUCAUAUUACCAGUUGCUGGCUGCUGGAUGGCCAAGACAGACAGGACACCCUGGACCAAUGGGUGAGAUGGGGAGACCAGGUUUACCUGGGUUACCUGGAGACCCAGGUCAGACAGGACCACCAGGGCGAAGAGGCGAAAUGGGUGACAUUGGACCCAAGGGUGUUCGAGGCAGAGCAGGGACUCAAGGAAGAGAUGGAGAGAAAGGUCCAGAUGGGGUGACUGGAUCUCCAGGUGUCUCUGGCCUACAGGGUCCUCAUGGUUACAGUGGUGAAACAGCGCCCCCUGGUGAGAAAGGAGAUGAGGGUUUUCCUGGUGCUCCUGGCCCCAGAGGAGACAAUGGACAGACUGGCCGGAAGGGCUCAAAAGGGGAAAUUGGGUUUACUGGCUCUUCUGGUCCUCCAGGACCAGUUGGUUUACAAGGUGUUCAAGGGAUUCCUGGACCACCUGGUCCUAAGGGGGAUCCAGGAAAUGUUGGAAAACGUGGUCCUCCAGGGACAGUAGGAGCACCAGGUGCUACAGGAUUGGUGGGUGCACAAGGUGUUAAUGGCUCAGAAGGGGAUAUUGGACCUGCUGGCCAUGUGGGGCGGAAAGGCCCUCAGGGGCCGAGAGGGAUCGAAGGAAAUAGAGGCUCACCUGGUCAUCCAGGAUCACAGGUUCAUUUUUGUAGAAAUGCAUAUAUGCCUAAAAACACGUAAAAAUGUGGGUCUUUUGUGACAUUCAGUCAGAAGUAAGAUUGUUGAUGGAUGCUUUUUCCACAGGGUCU